AUCACUCUAUGUACGAUUCAUUAAUACGUACUUUAAGUACUGUGAGGGUCAUAGAUUUAGGUCCUAAUGAAUUUCAGUCGUGAAAAAGUACGUUCAUCGGUUAGGUAAGGUGAGAGAUAAUGUCCAACUGAAUUUCAGUAUUUGAAAGUACGCACUUCGUAGGAGGCGCUUUGGUUAAGUAAGGUGAGGGUUCGGAGAUAAAUUUUUCGAUGACGAUUGAAACAUAUUUAAGCUUGAAAAUUAGAAAGCACAUAGUUACGUGCUUAGUAGUCAAUACUAUGAUUGCAUUAAGGAACUUUCUACUCCAAAUGGAAUUUAGCGAACGAAACUUUUUUCCGUAAUGAAACUACAGUGCGGUAUCGUACUAAACAUUGGAAUCAAUGGUCAGUAAUAUCCUGAUGUGAUAGUCUGUAGGUAUGUACAGGUACGAGUACCAUACCAAGGUAAAGCUAUUCGUAGUACCGAACGUACGGUAACUCGUACCUCAGGUAGAUCAUUCUGACUUUCGAAAUUUUGUUGGUGAAUCUUGAAAACUCUAUGGGCCUAAUCAUGGAUAUCGAAUUUUGGUCCUUCUCUAAGACUGGAAAUCUUGGUUGAAACGGAAGCUGAUGAUGGCGAACGUGAUCGCCAAAAAGCACGAAUACACUACCGUACGUACUUCACUGACCGUACGAUCCUCGUUCUGGUUCUCUUUACAGUAUUGGAGGGCCAAGGCGUUUAUCACUCAAGCGAACCAUAUUUGCAACCAACUUCGCGACGCUCGAAAGCACGGUGACGUAGUAGCUAACCGGUAGUGGAAGUAGCAGCAGUAGCUUCAUGGUUCGUAUUGGAGGAAUGGUGUGUUUGUUCUCCAGGCCUACCGGUGCAUGCAUAUGCAUGCAUCGUAUCGCAUCGUGUUGCACCUACCUUACACGAAGCAGAAGGCACCCUGGCUGCAGGUAGUAGUGCGUUUUCUUUUCUUGUUAUCGAUCGUGCUGAUUGCACUAGAAAAGCCGCCGCUGCUCCCGCCGUGGGAGAGCUUUUCAAAUGCCGUCACCAUCGUCGAUUCCGUGUUGGUUUGUCGGUUCCCCUGGGCCUUCUUGUAGGACUUAAAGUUCCGAAAGGCAAUGGCCACCUUGUGCCGUUGCUUGUUGUCGUCUAGGAUAGCCGUCCAGCAGCCGUGCUUCUCGUCCCACACCAAGAAGCGGCCACCCUUGGUCUUGAUCUCGUCCACCACUCCCUUUACAAUCGUGGAUUUCUUUGUCUGCGUGGCAGUUUCGUGCGUCUUGCUCAUGGACUCGAUAAGGGACCGAAAGGCGACGUUGCCGGGGUGGUUCAUGACCGGACGCCCGGGUCGAAAAACCACGUCGAGCGAGCCGGGGCACUCGAUCAUGGUAAAAACCCCGCGCGUCUUGUAACUGUUGGUGCCGUUGGACGCGUGCUCGUGCUCGUGCUCGCCCUGGUGCCGGUUUUGUGGACACGGGGCAUCGAGAUCGGCCUCCUCGACCGUCGCCCGCAACCGGAUCCAGUGCCGGAGGUAGCUGACCUUGACGUUCCCGGUGGGAGUCAGCGGCAGCAAGUCUACAGGGAUACCGUACCCACUGAUCUGGUACCGGAGUUCGACUGGUUCCCCGGAAUGGAAUUUGAGGCGGGACAGCCGGCUCCCACCCAGCGUCAUGACGAAGACGCUCCGCAGGACCUGAAAGAAGGGGACGUUUGCGGGGGUGCACAGGUGGUAGGCAACGAUCCGGAUCGGUGCCCAUCGAAAGACCAUGGCGCAGAGUUUCCCGCCCCCGUGGAUGGGAAACCGUAGCUGGAUUUUCUCGGCAAUAUCCGGAUUCGGCCACAACAGAAAGACGACUCCCUUUUGCUGGCUCUCCGUGUCUUCUCCUGCUACCGACAAGAAGUAGAAGAGGAUCUUGUACUAGUUCAUUGAUGUAGUUCGUCCCAUUGCACAUAAAUCACAAGCACAUAUAUGUUUGUUUGUGUUCGGUUUGUCAUCAAAGAAUCGUUGGUAUUCGUUGUGCGUUCAUAGGUUGUUUGCGCGUACGUUCAUGAUUUUGUUGAAUUAGCCGUAGUUUCCAAAUCAAUGAGGUGUGAUUGUAUAGAUUUUUGGAAAAGUUAGUGAUGAACAGAAGAACCAGAAAACGAUGUGGAAGCAAGAUUUCAUACUCGCAACAUAUGAUACACGAAAUAGGAAUCUGCACAAGGAGAAAAAAAAAACACACCGUGUUCACGCAUCACACAAACAAAGCAACGAACCACCCACUACCCACCAUAUACCACAUACCACACACCACAUACCGCAACACAAAACAAACAAUGCUUACCACCAUCAGGGGAUUGUUCCGUAUGCCCAUCGUGGCCACACCCGCGAGGACCCUGCGUCCGCUGCGGUCUCGAAAGGGCAGGAGCUGAAUCAUUCCCUUGCGGAUGAGGAGCUUCUCCUCCUCAUCGAAAUCCGACAACCGGACAGGCCGCCGUAGGAUUUCGGGGUGCGACGAGGUGGGAAACAACCAAUCGACCAUAAGCUCCAGAUAGCCAACCAUCCGCAGGGCGGCCUUUUGGGCGUCGAACAAUUCGCACCGGAGGAAUUUCAGGCGAAAUUCCUUCGUGUUGACGUAGCAGGAAGGGCAGGACGAAGGCCGAGAACUCUUGGUGUUGUUGUCGUCGCUCCUCUGAGCGGAAACCAAGGCCUGUUUCUUCGAGGGGGGAAUACGCGCCAGCUCCAGCUCCAUCUUCCACAGGGCAUUCUCCACCAGCUCGGGGGUUUCCUUCCUGGCCAUGCACCGGACGCCGUGGAUUUCUUCGAUGAUUUCGUUCCGGGCCCCCACGCUAAGCAGCAUCAUCUCCUUCACUACAAGGUCGUUGGUCCUCCGGGGGUUGAACGUGUCGUCGCUGUAGAAUUCUUUGAUGUGGGGCUGGCUUUGUUUGCCACUCUCCUCGUCGGAAGAGGAGGGUGGCGUGCGAUUUCGCUUCUUUCGCGAAACGGGAGGGCCCUCGCCAGCCAUUGUUGCCUCUCGUUUGUCCCGGCCUGUGUGGCGUAACGUAGUGCGAUGGAAUGCCUUGUCGGGGGUUGCUGUGGCGGUAUGUGAUGUAUGCGAUAUGUUACUUUUUGUGCACAAAAUGUCAUGUGUUGUCCAUGCUAGAUAGAUAAGCUUACCAUGAUUCGUGCACUUCGUUUUCUGACGAAGCAAUGCAAUCUAAUUGGAUUUCAUAUCUAGCGUUGCUGGUACCGUGAUGUUUUUUUUUUUCCUUAAGAAAUUCCUUAACAAAUACAAUUACUUUGU